AUGAGGAAGUUCGUCAAGCAAUACAACGAACUUCAGAACUACAAGAACGGAGACAAUAUCACGCUUGAUGGUCAUUCACUAUCUAUCUCCGCUGUGGUUGCUGUGGCACGUUGUCACGCCACCGUCACGUUGAGCGACGCCACUAGUGUCAAAGACCGAGUCCAGAAGUCUCGCAAGGUAGUGGAAGACAAGGUCGCUGGCGAGAUGAGUGUAUAUGGUGUUAGUACGGGCUUCGGCGGUAGCGCUGACACCCGUACGGCCAACACACUUGCUUUGGGUAGCGCCCUGCUCCAACACCAACAUGCAGGUGUCCUCCCGUCAUCGACAUCGUCUCCUCUCCCCGUGCUUCCUCUAUCAGACCCUCUCACGUCGACCAGCAUGCCCGAAUCAUGGGUCAGAGGAGCUCUUCUCAUCCGCAUGAACUCCUUGAUCCGUGGUCACUCGGGCGUGCGGUUCGAGUUAAUUGAGAAAAUGUCUGAGUUCCUGCAAGCAAACAUCAUUCCAAUGAUACCUCUCCGCGGUUCCAUCUCUGCUUCAGGCGAUUUGCAACCUCUAUCGUACAUCGCUGGUGCAAUUUCAGGUAACCCGUCGAUUAGGUGUUUCGAUGGACCCGCAAUGUUCGGCGCACGUCAGAUAGUUUCCUCCCGUGACGCACUCGCUAAACACGGCAUCGAGCCUAUCAAUCUCGCCGCCAAGGAGCAUCUCGGAAUCCUCAACGGAACCGCAUUUUCUGCCUCUGUCGCGGCUCUUGCUUUGAACGAUGCGGUCCAUAUGGGCAUGCUCGCGCAGGUUUGCACUGCGAUGGGGACAGAGGCUCUUCUCGGCGUGCGAGGGAAUUAUCAUCCCUUCAUCUCUGAAACUGCUCGCCCACACCCUGGACAGAUUGAGGUAUCCCAUACUAUUUGGGACCUCCUGGAAGGCAGCAAGCUCGCUCUCACUCACGAAACUGAAGUCACUAUCGAAGAAGACGACGGUGAAUUGCGUCAGGACCGCUACCCUCUGCGUACUACGCCCCAGUUCCUUGGGCCACAAAUCGAGGACUUGUUGUCCUCGCUCGAGACGAUCACAUUGGAGUGCAACUCGACCACCGACAAUCCGCUCUUCGACGGUGAGACAGGAGAGGUGCACCACGGCGGAAACUUCCAGGCUAUGGCAGUCACCAACGUGAUGGAGAAGACCCGCCUUUCCCUCCACCACAUCGGCAAGCUUAUGUUCGCUCAGGCCACGGAGCUCAUCAACCCCAUGAUGAACCGCGGUUUGCCUUCAUGCCUUGCUGCCACCGAUCCCUCUCUCAACUACCAUGCAAAGGGCCUUGAUAUCGCUUCUGCGUCCUACGUCAGCGAGCUUGGUUACCUCGCCAACCCAGUUUCUACACAUAUCCAAUCUGCAGAGAUGCACAACCAGGCGGUCAACUCUCUUGCUCUUAUAUCGGGGCGAGCGACGAUCACCGCGCUUGAGGUCCUUUCGCUUUUAAUUUCGACCUACCUCUACCUUCUCUGUCAAGCCUUGGAUAUUCGUGCUCUCCAGCUCGACUUCCGUAGAGGAUUGACGCAGAUCGUUGAAGAGGAGGUACAAUCCCACUUUGGCGCGCAGUUGGCCUCCUCCGACAUCUCGUCGAUGCGUAAGCAGCUUGUCGCCAGCGUAUACAAGACUCUCGACGCGACCAGCUCUGUCGAUGCUCCCGCGCGGAUGGAGAAAGUUGCCGCAGCUUCCUCUUCAGCUCUAGUAGACCAUUUCGUCACAGUGGAUGCCUCCGCACUCUCUGCGCUUCCAGCCUAUCGCGAAGCUGUCGCUCGUCGUGCCACGUUUCUGAUCAACGAGCUCCGCGAUGACUACUUGUCCGGGAAGAAGGGCCCGGCACCGGCUAGCGCGUACUUGCACAAGACGCGUCCGGUGUAUGAGUUUGUCCGUAUUGGGCUCGGUGUCAGGAUGCAUGGUUCGGAGAACCAAAAUGUAUUCGCGAACGGGCUCGGCGUUGAGGAGGUAACGAUUGGUCAGAAUGUGUCGCUGAUUCAUGAGGCUAUCCGAGAUGGCAAGAUGCAAGGGGUCGUCGCAGGGUUGUUUGCUUGA